UCGGUUCCGGGUAAAGCAGUGAUAGGAGCGGCUGCAGGAGAUCCUUGAUCGCAUCGGCCAUGGCGGCAGCGGCGGCAACAGCGGCCCCGGGUGGGGCAGGCCCCGUGCCCGUACCAGGAGCUCCGCGGCUGGGAGUGGAGACGGUGAAGGGUCAAGUUUUUGAUGUGGGGCCGCGUUACACGGAUCUACAGUACAUCGGCGAGGGGGCGUACGGCAUGGUCUGUUCUUCCUACGAUCAUGUCAACAAGAUCCGGGCUGCCAUCAAAAAGAUCAGUCCCUUUGAGCACCAGACGUACUGCCAGCGCACGCUGCGUGAGAUCAAGAUCCUCUUGCGCUUCAAGCAUGAGAAUGUCAUCGGCAUCAAUGACAUUCUGCGUGCACCUACCAUCGAUCAGAUGCGUGAUGUAUAUAUAGUUCAGGAUUUGAUGGAGACCGAUCUCUAUAAGCUGCUGAAAACUCAGCAGCUCAGCAAUGAUCAUAUCUGCUACUUCCUCUAUCAGAUUCUCCGAGGGCUGAAAUACAUUCACUCUGCCAAUGUGCUUCACCGGGACCUGAAGCCCAGCAACCUCCUCAUAAACACCACGUGUGACCUAAAGAUCUGUGAUUUUGGCCUGGCCCGGAUUGCUGAUCCAGACCAUGACCACACGGGUUUCUUGACAGAGUACGUUGCCACUCGCUGGUACCGUGCUCCUGAAAUCAUGCUUAAUUCAAAGGGCUACACCAAGUCCAUUGAUAUAUGGUCUGUGGGCUGCAUCCUGGCCGAGAUGCUGUCGAACCGACCCAUCUUUCCUGGCAAGCACUACCUGGACCAGCUCAACCACAUCCUGGGCAUUCUGGGUUCCCCAUCUCAAGACGAUCUGAACUGCAUCAUCAACAUGAAGGCUCGAAACUAUCUCCAGUCUCUGCCCCAAAAGCCCAAGGUUCCAUGGUCUAGACUCUUCCCCAAGGCUGAUCCCAAAGCACUGGACCUGCUGGACAAAAUGUUGACCUUUAACCCAAACAAGCGCAUCACAGUGGAAGAGUCACUGGCCCAUUCUUACCUAGAGCAGUACUACGACCCCUCAGAUGAGCCAGUUGCUGAGGAACCGUUCACCUUUGAUAUGGAGCUGGACGACCUGCCCAAAGAGAGGCUGAAAGAACUGAUAUUUGAGGAGACAGCACGAUUCCAGCCUGGCUACCAAGGGCCUUGAGUGGCUUUUUGGACCACUGGUCUCUACUUCACCAGGAGAUGAUUUGGGACUGUACCCAGCUCCCCUGCUGGAUUAUGGAGGGGAGCACAGGAUUCAGGGGGUACUGAUUUGGGGGUGCCCCUGUUGACUUGCUGUACAACUGCGCUUUGCUACGUGGCUGUGAACCCCAGUAACCCAUCUCUGGACCCCUUAAUGUGAUGUAUUGGGGUGAGACCCUGGUGCCCAGGUUGGGGAAGAGGAGGGGCUUCUCUCCUCCCCUACAGGAGGGAAAGGAAAUGUUUUCUCCCCCCCCCCCCCACCCCUUUCAGUGAAACAGAAGGGGGGAGUGUCAUCUAUUUUGGCAUUUUAUUGUCUUUGUUAAUGAGUUAAUAAACUAACGCUGAUUUUUAGCAGGGCCAUUUCCCGAUCCCUUGGGCAUUAUUAGCAAAGGGAGUUGAACAUGAAAUUGUGGCUCCUGGAUGCUCUGUUCUGUAAUCCACUGAACCCCAGUUCUUUUCCAAAACUGGGAACAGAAUCCAGGAGUUUUGGCACCCAACCUUCUUGUAACACUCCUCCUGAACCCAGGAGUCCUGGUUCCUCCCUGCUCAGAGGGAGGGCAUGCCUGUGCCGGGGGGGUUUUCGUUUUUGUUUUGGUCUGCUGAUCAGUGCCAAUUCGGAACACUUGUAAUGCACAGCUGAUCUUCGCUAUCACUGCAGGUAGCAUCUGAUAAAGCUGCAUAGGUAAGAUUUUAAACCAGGCCGAGAAGUGUGCCCAGUGUUGAAGAGGCACGAAUUCUCCCCCUCCCCUCUUCAGCUUACUGUAUUGUUUGAGACGCUGUGCAGAUGAAAAGGAAGGCUUUCAACUUUUGUCUGCUUCCUCUCACUGGAAACAGCCCAGCUUGUGGUUGUUCGCCUCUCCCCCGCCCCCCCGACUUUGCAUCGUCUGAUAUGGACUGUUGCGUAUGCAGGCUCCAAGAAACCAACCGGCCUCGACAACAGCACAGCACUUUUUGCCAUCUUGCUGCUAUGAUCCUAACAUGGCUGCCCCCUUUAAUUUUCCCCCUCCUUGAUUUGUAUUUUUAAAACCAUGUUGUGCAGAUUUUUUAAAAAAUCCCAGCCUUGGGCUGUGUGGAGUCCGAAAGGCACAGGAUCCACAAACGUGACUUUAAGGGAGGGAAAGGCUGGGAAGAUGAUGGACGGUCACAUCUGUGGCGUCCUGAGGGGACAGCCCAGUUGCCCCAUAACAACCCAACCGUGUGAGGGUGGAGGAGGUGUUUCAGGUCCGUGAGCGCUCAAGGAGCAGGUGGCUAGACUGAAGUCUGCAGUGAGAAGGAAACCACCGGAGCUGCAAUCCCCCCCCCCAACUCCGAUGGACUAACUUUUUGAUGAUGUCCUUCCAUUUCCGUGUGCCCCGUUUUUGGGUACCAAUUUGGAUGAGUGAAACUGGCGGGAUCUCUGGGUUCUUGAAGGAGGAAGUUCUUUAAAGCAGAACAACUGGAAUGUAGGAUGUUCUGGUUUUCUUGUUCUGGUUAAUGGAGGAGGAAGCUUCUCUGAGGUAACAUGGCGUGAUGACGAGCAAUGGGCUUCCUGCCUAGGGGGCUGAUGAAACAUUCUGAGGGGAACUUGGAUUGAAAGGGAAUUAAUGCCUCCCCGUCCCCUUCUGCUUCAAACUGUAUAAAGACCCUGAAAUAAAUCAUUCCUU